AUGGGCCAGGAGCAGCCGGUGGCAGCAACAGGAGCUGCUGCCACACCGAACAGCGGCAGCAACCUUGAGCAGAAACAUGCAGAGUACGAGCAAACAGCUCUCCGCCUCAGCCUGUGUAGCGAUGAGUCUUUAGCGGUUGUGCUGAGGAAGCUGCUGCCGCGUGCAGUGAUGGAGCUGAUGACAUGCCCGCCGGUCAUUGGAAUUGUGAACAGCUGCCUCCGUCGUGUUAAGGAGUCCCAGGAGAUUCCUGUGCCUGCAGAGGAACUGCUGUACCUUCUAGCUGCAGCAGAGCGACAGCAGCGUACGGGGGAGAAGCAGCAACUACUGGAGCAACAACUGGCGCAACUACAGCUCCCACCCAUUCGACCUAGCAACUUGUCGGUGGUUAGAGGCAUCGUCCCCCUGUUCGUCUCCAUCGUGAUACCUCGCAGAGAUGCCCAGAACCUUUGUUCUCUUGGCCUGCUCCUGCUGCAGAAGUAUGACGAGUGGGCCACCGCCAACUACCCCAAAAUGCUGCUGCUCCUGUUGGAAUGUCUCACAAAGCCUCAGGUCCUACAGAUGCUGAAGCACACCUGCAACAAUCCAGCUGGAAUGAGCGUUUUAGAGGCAUUCGCUGCAGUAAAGACGGAGGUCCUGGUUCCUAACACCGCUGCUGCCACCAGCAGCAGCAGCAGCAAGUUACCCUGCUGCAGCAAGCCGUCUCCUCCCUUACUUGCGGCCCUGCAGGCGAUGUGCGAGCUGAUGCUGCUUGGGGGGGACUUCGGAGCAGCAGCGGUGACGGAAGAGCCGCUGCAGAAGCAGCAGCUACAGCAGAAGGCGGAGCAAGUUGCACGAGGAAUUGACUGGACGGCAUUUCACCGAUGGGAGAAGCUACGGAGCCAAAAUGCUCGCCGAGGAAAGAUCGGUGCUUUUGUCCGGUGUUCCUUCGUCGACGUACUGGGGUCGCAGCAAACAGAUUCUGCACUCAUAGGAGAAACAGCUUCAACAACACCUGCAACAACGUCAGAGCCAGGGAGGGGCCUUCCGGUCGAUACUGUCAAGCUGUGGGAAAACUGUUGCAGACUCUCAAGGCAAGAGUUAGUGCUUCAGCAGACACGUGCAGUGCAGCUGUUGACAAAAGUUGCUAGUGCUGUUCCUGUUGCAGACGAGAAAGUAGCAGCAGCAGCAUUUGCUGCUGCUGCUCCUAACGCAACUGGUACUUCGCUUGGGGAUCCAGAGGCAGGGAAUUACGCUCAAAGGUUGGGAAAUGUAGCGAAUGCAGCACAAAGAACAGUGCCAACAGCACUAGCAACUGGAGCAGCCGUGGAGACAGCAAUAGUACCAGAACGAGGCGAGAAAAUGGUUUUGCCUCCAGUCGUACUUGGGCCAAUCAUCUUGGGAAGCUGCGUCCCUUUUGCUUCGAUCUCCGACCCGUGCACCGCUUCGCUGACUCGGCUUGCGACUGUGAGUAACACGGAAGACGAGCUGCUGAUUCAGUUGCUGUUUGACUUGGUUCUCCUCCGCCCACUGCGGCAGCUGCAACAACUGCUGAGGCUGCCGUUUUUGCUUGGUCAAACAAGCCUUCGCACUCAAGAUUCUCGGGGCCCACUGCCCAGUAAGGUGCAGCAGAAGCUGCUGCAGCAAUUGUGCAAAAGCAGGGCUGCUGCAGAGAGGCGGUUUUGCUUUGCCGUGCUGCAACUGCAGUGGGAGGCCCUGGGCUUGUUGCAACAGACAUUGCAGUGGGGGAUCGGCCCUGGGCAGCCUACUGCCCGCGUUAGCGCUGCUCUGUCUCUUCUACAGUGGUGCUUGCGGCUGCAGCGCUGGUUUUGCUGUGACGUGCAUGCAGUUGAUGCUGCAGCUGCAACGGGUGAUGCGCCUUCCACAGAUGCACCGCAGCAGCAUUCGUUGCAACAAAGGGUGCUCUGCCCCUCCGGGGCUCGUGUAAGCUGCUUGCUUUUGGAUUUCUUCUCCCGGGCACUCGAACAGCUGCUUCUAGUAGCUGUACCUCCGGCGUCAGAGCUUGUUGCUUCUGAUUUCCUGGGGCCAUAUACGGCCUUCGCUGCUUCUUCCGAUGGGAGGAACCGCAACGCUUUCACCGGGGCCCAGCAAGUGCUGCAGCAAUUCAUGCAGUGCUCAGCUGCUGUUUUUGCUGCCGAUGCUGUCUUGUCUCCUGAUCUCGUAUACCAAAUUAGCCUAGGCACAAUACCUCCUACGCUUCGUCCAAGCACUGCAGCAGAGCUGCUGCUGCAGCCGGCCACCCGUGAGCUCCUGCCUCUUCUCCUGGACGCGAUAUCCACUGCCUGCCGCGUUUUUCCAUAUUCUCCCAUUCUUAACGACACCAACGGCAGCAGCCCAUGUUGCAACGGGACAUGUUCGCUUGUGUGUGAAGUGGAAGACGACGUGUCGUGGAGUGAAUCAUUUGGUAUGACAGUGACAGAACGGAUGCUGCAGCUGAUGCAGCAGCUGCUACUGCUACUGCCUCGUGCUAUUGAGGCUGAUGCACAGCAGAAGGGGGCAAAGGUGCAGUCACAAAAACGGCGCGCGGCGUCUGCUGCUCUGUCGCUCAGCGGGACCUUGGACAACCCUACCACACCUUCGGCCAUGCAGGCGCUGCGCAGCUGCGGUGACUGGCUGGCGAUGCGAUUAGGUUCUCUUAGACAGACUCUGCAGCACCAGAAUCAAUUGCAGCAGCAGCAGCAACAACAUGUGGCUCUGCGGAGGCUGCAACACCAGCACGAUUAUCUCGAGGAACAGCUAAUAACACUCCUGGACUGGACGGUGGCUAGAUGGCUCAAUCCCCCAGAAAUUGCAGCAGUUUUGCACGCAUCCCAAUCGAAGAAAACUGAGUUCACUGAGCCACUUGUUGAGGCGAGUCAAAGCGAAUCCCCAGUUAGUUCUGCAGCAUCACAACAGCUUCUGCUCCAAGAAGCCUUGCGGUUGGCCGCGAAGGCAUUCCCCACCAGCCACCCUGCCCACAGCUUUUACUGCAUGGUGUGCUUAACUUUGGAUACCUCUAGUAUCAGCAGUGGCCGCGGCAGUAGCAACACGUCGAAGGAGGCUUCUGUGGCUGAGACGGCAGCGGGUCUUUUGAAACAGUGUGAACGCCAGGAACUGCCGUCUUUCGCUGCAUUGCUGCAUUUUUCGCUUCCUCGCCUUGAUUCAAACAGGGCCAGAGCUGUUAGUUUUGAAGGGGCAGUCUCGCAGCUACACGCUGCUCACUUAUCCAUAAAACCCCGCGAUGCACAGCAGCAGCUAGCUGCAGCAGUCAACUCAUCACCAGAAGAAGCAGCAGAGAGGCUGCUACCUCUCGCAACUCGGCUUGCGGAGCUACUGCAUGGUGACCUCCGGAUAAGUGCGUGCGAGCGCCGUCAGAGGACGAAUCAGCUUUUUAAAGAAGAUUCUGGAGCAGAUGCAGCCAGUGGAUCUACGGCAGCUGCGGCUCCCGAAGCAAACUUACCCACAAAGAAGCUGCGUCUUACCUCAAAAGAAGCACUGGAAGUUGCUGGAGGGGCGUCAGGACUUUGUGCAGAAGAUAUGCGCUUAUUUUCUGUCCUGCUCCUACCGCUGCUAGUGGCUAGGCAUGCCGAUGAGGCAUCCAACGCUUCAAUGAGGUGCACCUUUUGCCGGUGUUGGAUGGCGUUGUUGAGGUGGCAGCAACAGCAGCAGCAGUGCGGAGGGCAAGGUGCAUCCCUCUUGCCUUUGCUCUCCCUGCAAAUUCCGUUGCUAGUAUCUUCAGUUUUGUUUUCACCACUGAGUAGUUCCUUCACCUCUGCUUCCUUUGAUGCUGACCCAGAACCAGAGAAGAAGCGCAGACCGCUCCGAUUUACAGUCCAGCAGUCACAAGAAGAUGCGCGAAGGGCUGCAGCGGAUUUAGUGCUUUUUGUUGCAGCUGGAUUGCAAGAGCAGCAGCAACAUCAAGAAAAAGAGCCGAAGGAGUUCCAACUAUCAGGGCAGGACCUCCUCCUUGCAGCAUUCCUCCCUUUCCUCUCAGGGUCUGCCUUCGAUGCGCAGCAGCUGCUGGAGCCUACGACCUUUUUUGCAGGACCGUCCUUGCACCACCAGCAGCAAACGCCGCCUAAUGACGCGUUGUAUCUACAGCUAAAGGAAGCGGUGAAUCAGCAUCAGGAACUGUCGUUGCACACUCAAGAGCAACAGAAACAGCAGACUCAGCGUCUGCCAACACCGGGAGAGCUAGCAGGGAGCCUGGUUGCCUUGGGUUCCGCUUUUGCUACUGGAAAGAAAGCCAGGAGCAGUAGUGGCGGCAGAGACCCAUCUAAGGAGCUUACCCUGCAGGCAAUCGCUUCUGUGCUGAAGCACUUUUGCUUCUGGGCCGCUACGUACUGUGGAGAGGACUGUGUACAAGGGUCAUUUCCGCUGCAGGAAAAGAAUCAGCAUGGAAUGACUGCUUUUGCAGCUUACGCCCAGCCGUGGGGGGAUUCCCUUUUGCUGUGCAGCCUAGAGGCACUGUCGCGAGCCCUGGGGGGUCACUGGCAGUCUGUGCUAGUUGCGAUACUUUCUCUGGACGAAGGGAAGCAGCACGCGCAGGACAGUCAGGGAGCGGAGGAGCAGAACGGAAACAGAGACGUCGCCGCAAUUGAGUCCUUGCUGUCCCUUUUAACUACCAUCUCCAAGGCUAGUCUUAGCCGAUGCGCCGUUCCGGAAACUGGGUCCCUGCUGCCUGCUGCAACGCAAGCUUGCAAGUCCUGCAGCAGCAGCAGCAAGCGUGCCGCGUGGACAGGGCCAUACCACCGAGCUGUCAGAUGCCUGUUGGAAACAGCACAUCUGGCUGCACCACCGCUCCGCUCCGCCUCUGCCCUUGCUGUGGUGCGGUUUGUGCUGGAUUUACACCGCAUGCGCUCUGCACUAGCUGCAGAAACAGUAGCCGCAGAGACAGAAAUGCAGCAUCUGGCGGAGGAGACAGCGAUAUCUGGGGAAAUUAAGCAGGUGUUGAGGUUGUUCGUACAGCUGGUGCAGCUUCAACAGAUGGAUGCAGCGUCAGACGGAAAGAAAGUCUCAGCAGGAGAGGAGGAGCAAGCUGAAGCAGCAGCGCUUGACGCUGCAGCAGAUUCCGCUGCAGCAAACGGCAUCAAUGGAGACCUCGCCCGGCUAGUCUUCGCCUCACCGAAUUUACAAGUUUCUUUGUGGCAAAGGGUUUCCAGCUCUGCGGUAUGCUGGCUUGCAGCACUCUUGCUACAUGCAAAGCAUUUGCCGGAAGUGUCUACUAUGCUGCUUCAGUUCCAGCGAGUUUUUCUGUCGAGAGUAGGGGAUGCCGAUGCGUUUGUGGGCCACUGUGCAUGGCGGGGACUAAGCCGGUGCCUGCUUGCUGCUUCUCUGUCAAAGACAUCCGCAUCAGCAGUGACAUCGAAGGGCGCUGAAGGAACAACGGCGCAGAAAGCUACGGAGACGACUGCAGUGGCAAAUACCGGGUCAAACGAAAGAUCACUCACGAUGCGGGAUAUGCUGCUUCAUGAGCUGUCUCUCCACGUGGGCUCUCGCAUUUCAACUGGCCCUAGUGAACAGGCACUAAAGAUGCAGGGCUUUUCUUUACAGCGCCAGCAGCAGCAGAAAGAUAACAGCAGAGACGAAUCAAAUGGUUCUUCAUGUGCCACUUCAGGUGGACUGCAAGAUAAGGACGGCGGAAUGACAAGGCUGAAGUUGCUUCGACAACUCCUACAGGUAGCAAAAGAUAUUGGACACACGGCAGCUGUGUAUGCACUGCUUGACCAGCCCCUCCCGCCUCUGUUUGUGGAGCCCUUAUGCGUUGCUGCCUGCGACGUCUCCACUCCUUGCUUCUGCCUACCGGCUCUUAGACAGCAACUUCUACGCGUUCCCCACCGCAACGUAGAAACUGUUGCGUCGGCUGAGUCUGCUACACCUACUGUGGGCACUGAAACAUCCGCAAUAUCGGAAAGUGUAGAACCCGGGGAUGAGACAGUGAAGGGAGCUGCAACCACAGCAACGGAAGAGCUGGAAACGUUGGUGGUGGAGGCCCAGUCGGUCUACGGCAUCUCCUCUUUCGCCGAUCUCGUCGGCUCUGGAAAUGGUCUCACCAUGUUCGUCUCUGCAUUGAAACAGCAGAAGCACGCGAAACAGAAGGUGCAGCUAUCCACAUGGCAGCACAUCGUACAGCAAGUUGUCAAGCGCCUUCAAAGCCCCAAUCAGCUCCUCAGAGAAGCCGCAUGCAAGGCGGGAGCAGACGUCCUGAAGAGGGGCCAUGACUGGGGCGAGGUAGAGCCGUUCUUUGCAGACCUAUGGCUCUCCGGCGCUCGCUGUCUAGAUGAUGUCGUUGACGAAGUAAGGGCUGCAGCGGCGGCCUUAGGGCGGACCCUCAAGGCCCUCACAGUGGAGCUCUGCCGCGAGGGGCCCCCACUCGUGGCCUCAGUCUCCCUGCUUCAGAAGAUAUGUGAACUUCAUGGAGGAAACAAAGAGCUUCGUAUCCUCUGCUUAGACGUUCUCGGAGACAGCGUCUCCAACUACAUCGCAUCGAAGAGGCUCAAGCAAUCCAGAGAAACCGUCAAGGUAGACGAGGAGACCCACGCCAGACCGGUCAUUGAUGGCACCUCCACCACCACCAGCGACAGCAGUAGCAGCAGCAACAAAGACUGGUUGGUCCCUUUGGUGUUGUUUCUUAUUGAAGGCUUGGCGGCCUUUGAGCCUCGUGCCUUCUCUUUUCACCAGUUUCACGCUGAGAGACUGCACGGGGUCUCGCAGACAGACUUCGAGAAAACCAGAGUGUCUCUUUCACAAACGGGCAGGGCAGCCCAAAUACUUAAAGAUAUUGCUCGGCACAUGGACCUGAACGCCGUGGGGCCUUUGGUACAACCCUUGGUGCACAAGCUACGAGCCAGUGUUGGAGUGGCGAGUCGUUGCGGUGUUUGUUUUUUCGUCUGUUGGUUGUUUGACGAGUGGGGCAGUAAAAUACCCGAGGUGGCCAUACACUCAAAGCGACUGCUAAAGGCUUUUGCCCGCAGUCUUCUGGACCCUUCACCAACUGUGAGAGGGGCUGCAAUCGAAGCGUUUUCUGUUGUCUGCAAGUUUGCUAGCCCACAGGCAAUGCAAGAGGUGCUAGAGAAGCAGCUACUGCAGCUGCCAGCGCCUGAAUGCAUCAACCCCCAGGAAAGAGAGGAAACGCAGCUCGCUGUGGGAAGUGCCCUUCUGCAUGUCUCCAGGCGAGCCAGUGAGCUGUUUAAUGAAGAACUGAAGGGAACCAUUGGAGCCAUGGCUUUUUGUCUACGCCAUAGCAGUAUUUCGGGUGUUUCCGAGAUUUAUAGGGAUCUCUGGAUGGAAGUUGCUGGAUCGGACGCCUUUGGAAUACCACGCUACCUUUGUCCUAUUAAGGCAAAACUGCAGGAGCAGCUCGCACUUUCUGUACGGGAAGAGAGACUCACCGCUGCGCGUGCUGUUUCAACCAUAGCAGCCCACGUCGCCUCCAUCUGGAGAGACGGAAUUCCUUCAGAAUUUACAGAUCUCCAAGAAGUGUCUGUUAUCAGGGAUCUGCAAGAGGCCGUCACGGGACGUGUGCUGCAGGGCCAGGCGUCCUUUAAGGGUGCAGCACCUCUAUAUAUUGCAGCUCUAGAUGCAAGCGCUGCGCUUGACGGGAUGCUUUGGCUCCAGGGAGAGUGUGGAUCUACUGCACCGGGAAAACAGCAUGGAGCCGAGUCCAGAUCGCCAGAUGCAGCAAACAGAAGCGGUGCUACCGUCGCUAAGCGUCUGCUACGGUUACAUGCUAGCGACAAACUGGCAGUAGUGGUGCACAUCCCCUCGUGGCUGCAGUUACUACCUCCCGCAACUCGGGCUUCCCAGCCGUUUGAUGAGCUCCUGUCCCUGGUUCACUAUGGGUUCCCUGAUGAAAACGAGUCGGGAGAAGAGGGUGGCCUGGAGAAAGGGAAUGCUAUGCAACAGUGGAGUACAAGUUUUACCAGCAACAGACAACUGAACUCCCGCGAUGAAACUGCGCUUCGAGCAGGCAUGUUGGCGCUGCUGCGCCUUAUGGGGACUGAUAUUUGCCUAAGGCUUGGUGUCGAUAGCGAGCCGAAAGCAACAGAGGGAACAGGUAAUGAAAUUUUCCGGCGCGAUAAAUCGAGUCUUGACUUCGGAUACGUUGUAAUGCUGGUCUUGCUGCUGUGGCUGCUAUUGUUGCUACUAAAGUAUGUGUGUGUGUGUGUGUGUGUGUGUGUAAAUUUUGCGGUUGACAAAAUUUUGGAUUCCCUAGAACUGGAAGAGACAGAUAUUGCAUGUCUGCCGGUUGCUUCGUGGAUCACCUUGCCAGCCAACGAAGAAGGCAAAGGUGUCGCAGCCUUUACUGCGUGGAAGCGCAAAGGCAGCGAUAGCUGCAGCAGUGGCAACAGUCGCACCAGCAGCAGUGGACAUGCCGGUAUAGAGGAAUUUUUGGAUUUGUUCGUCAAGUAUCAACUGACGUCCGUACAGCUCAAAGCUGACCUGUUACAGAGGCUUUCGGAUCUGCUUAGACUUCUGACCAGCCUGUCUGUUUGCCUUUGCGCCGUUGCGGAGCCUCGCAAGUGGUGGGCUGUCUUCAGUCGUCUGGCAGAGCAGCUCAGUCAGCGAAAGUACCCAAGGCUCAGACUCGCUGCAGCAAACACUGCAGCAGACCUCGUGCGGCACUACAUACACGUUGGUUCGAUUCGUACCAAACAACAUGAAGACCAGUUACAUAAGCAGAAGAAGGAAGGAGUAGCAGAGGAAGAUGCAGCUUUGACAGCUAGCGCACGCAUCGAAGGUGGCGACACUGAACUACACCGCAACUUUCGCCUCCCUGUUGGUGAUUCGCUGACGGUAUCAAGGUGCCUAGCAGCUGUAGAAUCAGGAAUAACAGGACCACUGCAGGCAGCUUCUGCCGGCAGCCAGGGGACCUGGUCAGUGUUUUCCCUGUGCGUAUCCCAGCCUUCACAGAACGAGCAGCAGCAGCAGGAAGAGGACAGCUUGAGCGAGAUGGGAGGUCGAGUCCAGGAGAUGCAGAGGCAUCUUCGCCUCCGUCUUAGCGAAGCCCAGGAGAGAGAACAAGCCUGCUGCAGAAUGUCUAGCAACGGUACAGCCACCAACCCUGAGUUGCCCCGUUGA